CUACGAACUACUCCCCGUUACCACGAACCAUAAAAGACACCUUUACCUUCAACCUCACACCGAUACCGUCCGGCCGAAACGAACAAAGACAUAAACCCCAGAGUAAAGAAAGAAACGCAGCAAUGCCUCCCCCAUCACCCCUCGUCAUCGCAACAGGCGCGGUAACCCGCCUCCUCAAGGAAGAAGCCUCCUACCACAAGGAGCUCCAGGAGCAAGAAGCCAAGGUCAAGGCGCAAGAGGAGAAGAUUCAGAGCGGACAGGACGACGAGGAGGGCAAUGCGACGUAUAUCCUCAAGCAGCACCAAAUGGUUGUCGAGCAGACGAGGGCCGUGUUCAAGCCGCUGAGGACCCGCAUCAACCAGGCUGUCGAGAAGCUCGAGGAUUUGGUCGCCGCGGAGGAAAAGGGCGGAAGUGCUUCUGAGGAGGAGCUUGCGAAUGCAAAGGCGGCGCUGGAAAAGGCCAAGGCGGAGAAUGCUUCUGCUUAAACGAACGAAACGAUCGGGAUAGAACGAGGAGGAUAGAAAGAGUUGCGGUUUAGUCAUACAACACAAGACACACCGGUGGGCUACGGCCAUCACUCCG